AUGUUUACAAAGUCACACAAGAGAACACCUUCAGGAAGAAAGAGGCUGGACAUUACUCUUAAUGUUGAGCAGAUGACCAAUGAGGAACGUCUGAGUCGAUCACUACACAGUAGAAGACCAUCAACAAUAAUGGAGAAGCCUCAUCUAUUUGAAUGGUUCUUGGUAGUUGGUACUGAAGCCAAACAGACAUCUCCGCCUUUAUCACCUUUUGUUGGUAACGGAGGUGGUGGCAACGGCAACAACAACAGCAGCAGCAACAACAAUAGUAACAAUAGUAACAAUACAUUACAUGUACCAAAUGCUGCACCGGAUACUCCACCUGCACCAUCACCUAGAGCGGCAUCACCAUCAUUCUUGUCAUCAUUUAGUAAACCACCUUUGAUGCACUCGGGCAGUACAUCACCGCGACCAACACGUCCAGUGUUUGAGAAGCCUAAAGUACUAUAUCAAUACCCACCUGACAAGCCACUUGGAUCAAUCAAUGUCCAGGACUUCCCCUUCCCCUCUGGCGUGCCCAUCACCACUCAAUCACAGACAGCAUCACACUCCAACCUCUUCUCUCUACUCUACACACAGACACACCUAAAGGAGGCAGAGGAUUCGUUUGUAUUCAUGCUCACUGAUGAGAAGAAGGAUGUACUUUAUGGAGUGUGCACGAUGAAGCAGUCUGCUGUUGAUAGGAAUACACCGGAUUCAAUCGAUGUUAAUGAUGAGGAUAUAUUGUCACCUUCGAUUGAUGUUGGUGAUAAGAUACAGGUGGCACCAAAGUGCUACAUUGUACUCACCAAGUAUCCAUUCUUCCCAUUGCACUUCAACAUACUCAACAGUGUCCUGAACAUCCUGCAUAUCCAACAUCUCGAUCAGUUCCAAGCGAACCUCAACCGACGAUUCAAGAAGAAUCCUGCCAUUAGUGGAUCAACUUCCCCGCGUCCAACAUCACCAACUCCCUCUCAAUCACCAUCGCCUUCCCCUCAUGUAGAUGUGCCCACUUCCACUCCUGUCCAACCAUCACAGUCAUCGACUCAACAACCAACAGUUCAGAUCACAAUCACACCGGACCCAACUAGCCCUGGAUCACCUCCUCCACCAGUGAGGCCACAGCCAAUCAAGGAGGUCAUUGAAUACUUCUACUAUCAGAAUGUACCAAUGCCUGGAGAGACACUGCGGUAUGAAGUGCCAUUCUUGGAGACGACCAUUCAAUUCAGACGAGGCACACUCACUGAUGCCAAGGCAGAUGUCACGUCAGACUAUCCCGACUUCCUCAUUGAAUACGGACUCUUUGUCACACUCCAACUACUCACUCACAAGACCAUCCUCAUUAUUCUCAAUGCUAUGCUUCUCGAGAAAAAGAUCAUCUUCUACUCCAAGUCACUCAAGAACCUAACAUCCGUGAUAUUCUCCAUGGUAUCACUGUUGAAACCAUUUGUAUAUCAAUCAGUACUGUUGCCAAUCAUACCUGAUUCGUUGCAGGAUGUAAUCAAUGCACCAGUGCCAUUCAUCAUUGGAAUGAUCACAAUGCCAGCGGCAGACGUUGACCUCAGCGAUUUGCUCCUAAUUGACAUUGACCAGAAUAAGAUACAGACCAAGAUGCCACCCAUCAUACUGUUCCCCAAGUGGAAGGAGCUUGGCAACAAGAUCAUCGAGCAUCAGCGCGACAUUAAGAACUCGCUGGAGAACAAAAAGUCACUGAACUACUACGCCAACGAGGUGCAGGAGGCCUUCUUGUCCACAUUCACCGAGACCAUCCGUCUGCAUCUUAACCGUCUGUUUGAGAACUUCUCGGUGCAUUGCAUUCGCGACGUCUCCCAACUCAAGCACGUGUCCGUCUUUAUACCCGAGAGCUUUGCCUCUGUGGAGUAUGAGAAUGAGGAGGAGCAAGAUUGGAUACUGCAGUUCACCAAGACACAGAUAUUCUCCGUUUAUCAAGAUAAGCGACUGAGGCAGUCUGAUGGCGACGAAGAGGAGGAAGAGGUCAUUGUCAAAACUCCACCAUCGGCAACAUUGUCACCACAUCCCAGUACACCACCUGUGGCCAUAUCAGUAGCCAGUCCUGUCGUCGUAGUUGGCUCAUCAACAACUCUAGCACCAAACUCGCAAGUUCCAAAAAGCGUAGAGAUCGAUCCCCUCUCCGCUGGCGUGGCCGUCAUGACCAUUUCCCAACACGCCACUGAAUAA